AUGCCUCUUCGACAGCUUGUCCCUCCACCUCCGCUGACCCCUCCAGGCCGGGGGGCCCGGGGUCACGUUGACACGGCCAAAGUCGACAUCUUCGCCGUCCACGGUUUGAAUCCGCUGAGCAAAAACGACGCAGACCACGCAUGGGAUACGUGGCGCACCCCGCCCGGGCCGAAAGGCCGCCUGUGGCUGCGGGACGAUCUUCCGCAGUACCUUCCCGAGGCGCGCAUCUUUCUGUAUGAGUACAAUUCGACGGCCGUUUUCGGCCGGGAUAAGGACAACUUUAUUGGCAAGGCAAACGAGUUGCUUGAGGCGGUCAGGAUCAAGCGGCGCGAAGCGCCUGACAGGCCCAUCCUCUUCCUGGGUCACAGCCUGGGAGGGCUGCUGAUCAAGCAGGCACUCAUCAAUGCUCACAACAACCCCAAGUACCAGCCAAUCAAGGAUGCCACGACGGGUCUAGCCUUCUUCGCCACGCCGCACAACGGCGGGGACUGGAAGCUGCUCAGUCUGGGGUCCGUGGUGGCUAAGAUUGCCGUGGCCACUGGGUUCCAGCAGGGCGAUGACAUCUUGGAGACGCUGAAGUCUGGGAGCAUCUUCUCGGACAUCAUGCACGAGCUGUGGAGGCAGCAGCUGAUGAAGUACGACAUCAUUUCGUUCUGGGGAGCGUAUGACAACGCUGUGCCGCGUGACAGUGCUCGCCUGGGGAUGCCUGGAGACCGAGAGAAUGUUGUCAAAUUGAAUGCAGACCACAGCAGCAUAUGCAAGUUUGGCUCCAGCCAAACGGACCAAGACAACUUCGAGCACGUAUGGGCCAACAUUGAGGACAUUUACAAGGAGGCGCUCAAGAAGGCAAAGCCUGUACAAGUGCCCAUCAUCAACCAGCCUGCUCCCCAGAGCUGGGACGGCGCCUCGCCGCCAGUAGAGGGGGCAUACGCUCCACCACAAUCAAACCAAGGACGUGUUAUCAAGUUUAGGAGGCCCGAUGGAGAAGAGCGCUUUCUCGAUGAUGACAGAUUUUUUCUACGAUCGAACCAGCCUGCUAGCCAGGGCUGGAACAACGGGGCCUCGCCGCCAGCAGACGGGGCAUAUGCUUCACCACGACCACCGAUAUCCACCCCUGGGACUCCCCAGCCGCCUUCUGUUCCCUCAAGAUUUCCCCCGCCGCCAUUGGGCAGCACAUCGCCAAAUCCGGACGGACAGCGUCGGUUUACAGGCUUUUUGUACUCGCCGACGACUCCAAAUGACGCCAAUUCGGCCAAGGCGGCCGACCACAAGAAUGCAGGCCGUUGGGAGCAAGCCCGGACGCUCGAACAGCAGAUGUUUGAGGGGUAUCAAAGCACGUUAGGCGUCACUCACGUGUCAACCUUGACCGCCGCGGUCGAUCUGACCCUCACCACGGCCACGCUCGGCUACCUUGCCGACGCCGAGCGGUGGGUAGACUGGGUGAUUCAGAUUGGCGCGGGCACGCUCGGGAUGAAGCACCCCCUUUUACUCAAAAUCAACCGCAUCAAGGGGGAGAUUAUGGCCUCGAAAGGCCAGUACGCCGAGGCCGAGAAUCUGAUCUCUGGCGUGCUCGUGGACCAACAAGACCUCUUGGGAGUCGACCACCUCGACACUCUCGAAACGGAGCGCGCGCUCGGCGACGCCUGCCAGCGCAUGGGGCGACAGCAGGACGCCGAGGCGCGGAUGCGGCACCGAGUGGAAACGCUAACCAAGCGGCUUGGACGAGACCACGUCCUUGUUGCUAGGGCAUUGCUGGACCUGUUCCUGACGCUGAUCUACCCAGAGAUCACGGCGUCUUCGAAUACCAACAAUAACAGCCCCUGGAUACCCACCGUAUCCGGCAACCGCCUGCAGCUCGAACAAGCCGCCUCAUCCGUCGGCGAGUUGCACGGCCGACUCAAAGCCUGCUUGGGCGCGCAGCACCCCCUGACCAUCCACGCGCUGCGGGUGCUGGGGCAGGCCAAAGCCGCGCAAGGCCAGACCACCGAGGCAUCGGACAUGUUCCGGCGGGCGCUGCACAACGCUGAGGAGGUGCUGGGCAAGGACAACCCGGAGACGCUGGCCAUUGUGUGCCAGAUCGGGCUGCUGUACAACAAGCGGGACCAGGAGGUAGCCCAAGUCACUGCAGUGCAGCAGGUUAUAAACCGUGGUAGUGGUGCAGGAGGCGCCCCGUCGUCGACGGCCCGUCCGUGGUUCGAACGCUACGCCGACUGGCUAGACAGGCGGGUCGGGCUGGUGAUACCCGCCACAAGGGAGGUGCUGUGCGUGCUGGCCAUGUCGUACAUGGCCGAGCAGAAGCUUGUCGAGGCGGAGAAGUACUUGGAGAGGCUGGUGCGCGCGUACCAGCAGGACCCGAAGGUGGCGAACUCGCCUGAGGCGGUGCAGGCGGCGAAUCUGCUGCAGUCGUGUAGGAUGAAUACGAUGUGGAUGCGUGGCAUGGGAAAUGGGAGUGUGAGUGGGAAUGACGGGGGGGAUUUGGUGGGCAUGCUGGGGAGGUUGGGGUUUUAUUCGGAUUAUUCAAGUUCGGAUGGGUCUAAUUAUUUGUGGUAG